AUGGGUAAAACAACAGUUAUACAUCACGCUCCACUCGUUGGCUAUCCCGAUGAUAAGUUGUAUACUGUCCGAGUCAUCGAUGGGGUCAUUGAUGGUAUUGAAGAAGAGGUAGAAGGCAAAUAUAUCAAUGGAUACGAUAAGGCUUCUGUGGAAGAGAUAGAUUUAGCUGGGAAGGAAUGGUUGAGUCCUAGUAUGAUAGAUUGGCACGUUCAUACUAAAUUAGCAGCCUUACAUUCCAACAGACUCAAUUUAUCAAAUUGUCAAUCGGCUUCUGAAGUAUUCGAAUCAGUCAAACAAGCAUUAAAUGAUCCUAAAUAUGAUACUUCUUUGGAACGUAAUUUGGUUGGUAUCAAUAUGAGAAAUUCAAAUUGGACAGAUGAAGAUUUAUUUUCAUUAGAAAAAAUGAAUGAACUGUCGAUUGAAAGACCGAUUUUCUUGUUAUAUAAUGGAUAUCAUUCAAUGUGGUGUAACUCUUUAGCGUUGGAAGUAGGUGGAUACGGUUCUUCGUUGAAUCAUAAAGGUCAUUUAGUAGAACAAGAAGCUUUUGACAUGUUUCCUAAAUUGACUACUGCGAAUAAUCAAGUUGUAGAUAAUUGGAUAUUACAAGAAUCAAAGAAAGCUGCGGCAAUGGGAGUGACCGAGAUCGUCGAUUUGGAAAUGGAACAUAACAUCGUUCAAUGGCAGAGAAGAUACGCUGCCGGUAAUGAUUAUCUACGGAUACACGUAGGGAUGUAUACACCACAUAUUCAAGAUGCCAUUGAUUUAGGUCUAACAUCAGGAGAUGAUGUACCUCAUACAGAUGGAUUAAUCAAGAUAGGACCAUACAAGAUAGUUACAGAUGGUUCAUUGGGAUCUCAAACCGCUUUUUGUCAUGAUGCUUAUCCUGGAACAAAAGAUAAUCAUGGAAUCUAUUAUUAUCCACCUGAAAGUUUAAGCGAAAUGAUAGAAACUGGUUUAAAACAUAAUUUCAAAUUUGCUGUUCAUGCAAUCGGUGAUUACGCUAAUCAUCUGACAUUGCAAACGAUCUCGAAAGCGAGUUCCAAACCUAGAAUUGGAAGUACGAUCGAACAUGCUCAAUUAUUAGAUAUCGAAAAAGAUUUACCUAUUUUCAAGGAUUUGGGUUUGAUAGCUUCUAUUCAACCUUCACAUUUGGUCGAUGAUAGAGAUUUAUGUCAUAAAUUUUGGCCGGGAAGGGAACAUCGUGCUUAUGCUUUCAAAAGUAUCGUCGAUGCAGGUAUACCCAUCAAAUUAGGUAGUGACGCUCCUAUAGCUCCUAUGAAUCCUUGGGAAGCUAUGGCUGUCUGUAUAACAAGAGCGGGUCAAGGUGAUGAGAAAAACCCGUUUAUCGAAGCUGAGAUAUUAGAUUUGGAAACCGCUUGGAAAGCUUCCACAUCUAACGGAAAGACAAGACUUGAAGUAGGUGAUCGUGCAGAUUUAUGUAUACUCCAAUCAGACCCUUUGAAAUUAGAUGCUGCCGGAUUAAGGGCUAUGAAGGUCAAUGGAACGAUGUUAGGAGGAAGGUGGACACACAAGACCUUUUAA